CAUCUUGUUUUUUUUUCCACCCUGCAUUGGAUCGUACCAUUUGUUACUGUAAUCUAAACACGUGUUGUUAUUCGGAGCAAUGCGGUUUCUCCGCGUGGAAAAUUGACGAGAAAUCGCGAGUACGACGCAUUCGACAUGACUGAAUAAUAACAUAAUAAUGAAAAGAAGUAUCUACGAAGUCGAAUGAUUUUGUCAUGCUCGUAUGAUGGAAUUUGUCACGUUCGUAUGGUUGUGCCUGCGUUUGCGACUACGACGUUAAAAUUUACUCCGAUUCUUUUAAAUAUUACACUCUGACUGUAAUAUAAGAAAAUUAUAUAAUUGUUCGAUUAAAAAAAAUUUAGUACCUGCGGAAAUACUCGAAUAAAAUAAGACGAGCAUGAUGUGAUGUUAAAGAGUUGUCUUUGUUGUAUGUAGAAGAAUAUUUUAACACUAUCGAGUUUUUCGACGAACAGUAACAAGGGAUAUAUACGACUGACUUAUUAAUCAUAUACUGAUUGUAUAUUUUUCAUCUAAAGAUAUAUAUUUAAUAUAGAUUUUAAAAAAUAUAUAUAUAUAUAAAAUCAAGAAAUCUAUAGAAAUGGAAGCAUCCUGGUUUCCUCGUAUAAUUGCUCAUCACCCGUAUAUUAUUAUACUGGUCGUUUUUAUAUUUUCUUCCUUAUGUCUAAUUCUUCCAUUUACAACUGAAAAGAUUCCAGAUUUUUCGGAUCCUCAAAUGGGUUUUGAGGCAAGAGGCACAGUUUUAGCGCAAAGACUGACAGCUUGGAAUCAUUUAGUAGAAGCUACAAAAGCGAGAGGAGAACUUACUGAUAAUCCUUUAGAAUAUCAGGAAUAUAUACGUCAUCUAACUCAACAGCCUAAUUCAAAUAUGCAAAAUCAUAGUUGGUCUACUCAGGGUAUUCUUAGAAAAAAACCAAAAGGUAAAAAUAAACGAAAGGAGAAAAAGCAUCAAACGGCGUUAAAUGACACAGAGUAUACAGAAGCGAAUGAAGAGAGGAAAGAUACAUGGGAAGAAUUAUUAGAAUUAAAAGAGAAGCAUAACGCAAAUAUAGAAGAUGACAAGAUUCAAGACCAUCUUGAUUGCGAUAAUUUUUUCUGCAAUUUACCAACUUCUUCAUACGCUCGACUCGUAAUUACUGGAAAUUCAGAUGAAAAGAACUUUGAUUUAUGGUCAAUGGAAGGUGUAUUAGCUCAGUGUCAUAUCGAUGGUGUACUUCGUGAAAAUGUUCACUUUCGAUCUUUGUGUCAGACGCAAGUCAAUCGCAAUGGCGUGGUGGAUCAUAAAUGUUGCAGAAGUUGGUCGCCAGCUAACUAUGUAGCACUUUUAUCAAAUCGUAGUUCUUGUUUGGGUGUAACGGAGAAUGAUCUGAGCAGAGUAAAGACACUUUUGCAACAAUGCGCUUAUUAUUAUCAUAACCGUCAGUUAUCGCCUAAUUGCGCGGAAGACUUAAAUUGCCAAAAGAAAAUGCCAACCGAAUGUUAUAUGAGAAACGCAGUUUAUCAUUUAUUGCACUAUCUUUUGGACGUUAAUUUUAUUCCGAGUCAUCAGACGGAUUACAACAACAACCAAAAUUCGUCGUUACAUUCCGUCAUGUUAUUUCUUCCAAUUGCAGCAAGCUCUGCAACUUUAGAUUUUUACAAAGCAAUAGACAAUUACGACUUAGAGUAUGGAAACUUUCGUGUUCAAGGCAUGCAACUUGGCCUAAAAAGUACACUAUUUGAUCGCGAUAUAUUGUCUGAUUCGAGUUUGGUAAUCGCCGGUUUUAUCUUUGUCACACUUUGUAUUUGGAUAUAUACUGGCUCUAUAGUGUUGACUAUAGCAACAAUUUUUGCAGUAUUAUUUAGCCUUGGCAUUUCGUAUGCAACGUAUACUAAUAUCUUGCAUAUUCAAUUUUUUCCUUUUAUGAAUCUAUUGGCUAUUGUCGUAGCUGUAGGCAUUGGGGCAGAUGAUGCAUUUAUUUAUUGUAAAGUAUGGGAAUCUAGAAAACAACAGAAACUCUCUAAUGGUGGAUUGGCACGUUUGGUACAGGAAACAAUGAAACAUGCAUUUCCAUCUAUGUUUGUUACAUCCCUUACUACAGCAGUAGCUUUUUUUGCAUCAAUUGUUAGUAAUGUGACUGCUAUCAAUUGCUUCAGUUUGUUUUCAGGCAUGACAGUUAUCGCUAAUUUCUUAUUGAUGAUCACAUGGUUACCGGCGUGUGUGGUUGUGUCAGAGCAUUGUAAAUUAUCUACUCUAUCGCCUGUCAAUUUUAUUACUAGAAAAAUUAUUCGUCCUCUACGAUCCCUGGGAGAUGAAGUAACACUAGGAUUUACCAGCUUUCUUACCGGAUUAGUGCUUCGUUUACGGUGGUUUUGGUUGCUAGGUUUGGGAAUUAUGGCAAUAGCGUGUUGCAAUGUCGUCUUCCAUCAUCCGGGCUUGCAACUACCAGAUUAUAUCGAUUUUCAAUUAUUCCAUAACACACAUCCAUUUGAACAAUAUGAUCUAGUAUAUUCACGGAGAUUUUGGUUUGAACGAUACGAAAUGAUUGGUGGAGACGCUGCAGUUUUGCCAUUGAGAUUCGUUUGGGGCAUAAAUCCGGUUGAUAAUGGUGAUUACCUUGAUCCUCGUAAACGUGGGACACCGGACUGGGAUGAAACUUUUGACGUUUCUGAUCCACAGUCACAAUUGUGGCUUGCAAAAUUUUGUCAAAAUUUACGAAGUCAAUCUUUUUAUCGCAGCACUAUGGGACCUUUACUGUCUAACUGCUUUAUUGAACCAUUACGUUCGUGGAUGCAACGAAACCCUUGUAAAGAUCCUAUCGAUAAGGUUGUGAAUAAGCCAUGUUGCAGCAGUAGUAAUUUUCCGUAUGAACCAACCGUUUUGGAAAAAUGUGCAGCUGUAGCUAGCAGGAAAUUACAUAAAACGCCUAAUUUGUGGAUUCGGACUGGUCCACUUUCUCCAGGUCCGAAAUUUGCCAAAGAACCAUUAUUGUCCGCGCAGACAACAAACGAUACCCUUGCGAUUAAAGCAACGCCUAAGAUUAAAGCGCUUAUUGUUGAAUAUGAUAGCACAUAUGCAUACAGUCUCUCGUUUGGAAACAUGGAUAAAUUUUUUAAUCAGGUUGAAAGUUGGAUGCAGAAUGAAUUACGAACUGCGCCUAAAGGGAUGAGACGUGGAUGGUUUAUUAGCCAUCUAGAAUUUUACGAGCUCCAGCGUACGUUAUAUCAAGGCACCUUGUAUGCAAUGGGAGUAUCGCUAACUUUGGCUCUAAUAGUAUUAGCACUUGUUACUUUAAAUCCUCUGAUCAGCUUAUGCGCCAUAAUAGCUAUUGGUGCUGUAAUAAUUGUAACUGUUGCAAUACUUAUACUUCUUGGAUGGAAGCUCAACAUUUUGGAGAGCGUUGCAGUUACUACAGCUAUAGGUCUUGCUGUAGACUUCAGCUUGCAUUACGCUGUGAGUUAUAAAGCAUGUAUUUCUGAGAAGAAAAUAGACAGAGUAAAAACGGCGCUGCAACAAAUGGGCGGUCCUACUCUUAUGGCAGCAAUUACAAGCGGAGCUGCGGGCGCUUUAAUGUUACCUUCCCAUGUACUAGCGUACAUACAAAUCGGUAUCUUUUUGUUGCUUGUGAUGGCAAUAAGUUGGAUAUACGCCACGUUAUUUUUGUGCCCAAUGUUAGCAGUUAUAGGACCAUCUUCACACUUUGCUCAGUUUGAAUAUCCCAGAUUGAAAAUAUUAUCAGUUUUUCAUAAAUAUGAAGAUGGUGGUACGAUUGAAACCGACAAGAAUAAUCGAGGGAAGAAAAUUUAUAAAGGACGCGGAAUGCUUUCGGAAACAACUCUAAGCACGUCCAGCUCCGCAUGUCAGUUUCAUUGCAGCGAAUUGGAAAAUCUUGCUGGAAGGCCUCCAUCUCCAUCAUUGCCACCGUCUCCAUUAUCAACAUUACUUCGUUAAAACAAUCAGUAUUUAAUUAGAAAUUAUAUGUCAUUUUCUAGGGAAAUCUCAAUUUGCUAUUAUAAAAUAAUCAUUUGUAUGUUAUUCUGUGCCUAGGUGUGAUAUUGUAUAAUUAAUCUGACUGUUGGCUGUGUUCAAAUAGCUUUAAGGUCAUUACUCAAACAUGUGGUCUAUCAUUUGUUAUAUACAUAUAUCUACAGUACAUACAAUGCACAUAUACACGAUUAAACACACAGAUAUAUACACACAGAGGGCUUCCUAAUUAGUAGUUUAGAUAUAUAUAUAUAUAUACGUAUAUGUGCAAUCAAGAGCAUUUCGUUUAUACUUAGUUUAUCUGUAAUAUUUAAGAAUGUCUUUCCAUUUAUAUAGUUAAUAGCAUAGUUUAAUUAUUUUAUUCCGUGAGAAAAACAGAAAGAGUCUGUGAAUCGCAUAAAGACUGUGAAUGCAAGUGUAUUGAAUAUAUCAAUGCUCUUUAUUGUGCAUACGUAUAUUUAUGGCUAUGGAAAAUUAAAUAUUAAACUAAUAAGUAUAUUAAAAUCUCUUUUAUAUUUUAUAAAUUUUAGUUCAAUUUUUGAAAACAUGUUAUAUGAUAUAUAUAUGAAUGUAACUAAUGUGACAAAUAAUGUUGCUUAUAUGGAUCUAGACUCUCAAUGGUAGCUGACACGUUUUUUCAUUAAAACAUAUUCAUGAAUAAUAUAUAUCAGUAUUAUAUGAAAUUAACAAUGCAAGUGUAAUUAUAAACGUAUUAUUUUCCAUAUUAGGUAUUUUCUCUCAUCGAUUAUUUGUCAUAUAAUUUAUAUGAAAAUAAUAAAAUAAUUUUACAUGCAA